AUGACUGAAAAUCUGAAAAGUAUCGUUCAAUCUUUAAAUAAACUCCUGCAUACGGACUACAAUAUUAUCUCUUUCGAUUCCUUAUCUGAGGAAUCACUUUUACAACUUUUACUCGAUGUUUUCUUGAAGUUUGGAAUAAUUACGGUGAAGUGGGAUGUGACUGAAAAUGAUCCUGAUGAGACAAAUAAGACAAUUAUGGAAAGUCUUGUAAAGAUUCAGUACACUGAUGAUGAAACAGACAUUGCUGCAUUGCGUAGGGGUCUUGUUAGGGGCGACAAGAAAAUUAUUUAUCCGAUUUUCGAGUGGAUUUUUGAGAACGAUGAGUUGAUCAUGAAGCUGGCUUAUUUGGCUAAAUUCCUAAUGCCCCUCAACCUUCCACCAGAAGCCAUUUCCAUUCCAGAAGUCAUGAACCUUUACAGUCAGUAUGAAAUUGUCAUGGAAGAGUUUAAGGACAUCCAUCAAGGCUAUGAAACGGCUGUUCAAGAAGGUAAGAAGACUCGUGAGCUACGCAGUGACAGUGUAGCUAUUGAAGGAGAAAUUGAGAAUGUCAAGAAGCGGAUUGAAAGACUUCAAGUGAGACUUGAUAAGGUUCCACAGCAUGAACUGCUCCUUGAAUCUGCCAAGGCAUUGAGAAUUGAAAAAGAUCAGCAGAAAGACUUGACAUCACAGAUUGAGGAACAGAAGCAGACAUUCCAACGUGCUAAUGUUCAGAAUGAAAGAUUACAGAAAGAAUAUCAGAACAUUCGAAUGGCAACUCAAGGAACAACACCAAAACAAAUGUUAGAUGGGAUCAUGGAAGAAGGUCAAGUGCUUGAAUUCAUGGUUAAGCAGAAAUUGCCACAAGAACUGCUUCUUCGUCAAACGGAAGUGCAAAUUCUAGAAGAAGUCAUUGACGAGCCAAACAUUGGUCGAGAAUAUCUCCAAGAUCUGCAGUAUAAAAUCGAUGAAGUUAGUAGGGAAGUUCAGAGGAUGGUCGAAACUAAAAUGAAUGAUAAGAGUCAGCAAAAUGAUGCUUUAGGCUUGGGACCAUUCCGACAACAAGCCAUGGUAAUAGCUCGAAAUAAGGAUUUGGUUGCUGAGCAACUUGAUAACUUAACAAAGGAACUGAAUGACAUAGAAAUUCAGUUGAAGGAAAAACAACAUAAAUUGGAAUCAAUUGGAGGUGACAUUUUGCUGCGUGGUGAGGAUUUAAAGCAGUUUGUAAAUACUUUGCGUGCUAAAAGCAACAUUUACAAGCAACAACGAUCAGAAUUAGCAGGAAUUAAGGCAGAAGCAAAUGACUUGUCAGAGACACUUGAGAAUCUCAAGGCACAAGAUCCAUCAUUAGCAACAAUCACUGAUGAUGAUGCUAGUUCCUUAGAACCAAUGUUCUCUCGUCCCGACUCUCCAGUAGAGUCACGUGGAAUGACAGAGUUAUCACGUCUUGUUGACGGACUUACUCGUGCUGUUUUAGGAGCGCGCGAAAAACUUUCACCAAUCUCACAACAGCUGCGUCCGUUACGUGAGAGAAUUGCUGAACUGAAAGAUGAAUGUGAUUCAAAGAAGCAGGAACAGAACAUAAAGGAAUUCAUGGUGAUUGUAGUUGUGUAUUGUGCCACAAUAUAG